AUGUCUUCCUUGAAAUCGACAGUUGUGUACUUCUACUUCGAUUUCAGCGAAAGCAGCAAACAGAGUGCAAUGAAAUGCUUGCGAUCGCUCCUUUUCCAGCUUGUCCUCAAAGUUGCCGAUGGAAGGCAUUUAUUGAAAAGCCUUUAUGCGAAGUAUCAGGAUGGUCAAGCACAACCACCGGAUUCGGCUUUGGUGCAAACUUUUGAUACUCUGAUUGACUAUACUGACCAUACCUACAUCAUUUUAGACGCCCUAGAUGAAAGCCUUGAACACGAUGAAGUUAAUGAUCUCAUCUCCACCCUCCAGGAACGCCACCGCGAUCAAUUACACAUUUUUGCCACCAGUCGCAAGCUCAGAGAUCUGGAAGAGGCUUUGGCAUCCUCAGUCACGCAAGAGAUCCACAUGGAAGCAUCAGUUGUUGAUCAUGACAUCCUCUUACUUAUCGAUGAGCAUCUCAAAAGUCAUCGAAAACUCAGGAAAUGGCACUCUAAACCUAUUGGUAGGGAGAUCAGAGAAGAAUUGGCGCAAAAAGCCCAUGGGAUGUUCAGAUGGGUCGCCUGUCAGCUGGACGUGCUCGGGAAAUGCCUCACGCCUAUGGAGGUGAGAAAGAAACUAGCGACACUUCCGAAGACUCUAGACGAAACAUAUGAACGAAUCCUGUUGCAAAUCGAAGUAGAUGGCUAUCUGGACAUGGCCCUCAGGCUCCUUCAAUGGCUUUGCUUCGCCAAAGAAAAACUGACGUUCUACCAGUUGGUUGAUGCCCUGGCUACAGACUGUGAAGGCAGUGAGUGCUUUUCACUCGAAGCUCGACUGGGUGACCCAUUCGAUCUGCUCAGGAUUGGUUCGAGCCUUGUUUCGUGGGCGGAGGAUUGCCACCUCCCUCAGUCUUGUAAAACCACAAAGUUUCAAGGAAUUGUGAGCGUAGCACACUUCUCCGUUCAAGAAUAUCUCCUGUCGGGCAGGUGCCGCUAUGCAUGCUACUUUGAACCAUACCGAGCACACAACUUGAUUGCGGAAAGCUGCUUGAUAUAUACCAUAUCCGUGCUUCCACUAUCAAGAACAUCGAAAAACUCAGCAGAAGUGUCACGGGAUGGGUUGUUAUCAUAUGCUCCGAGAAUGUGGUACAAGCAUGCUCUCGAAGUACCCUCCGAGUUCCAGACUGAGAGACUGCUCAAAAUGGCGUUGGACCUCUUUACGACGCAAGAUGCGGCAUUUCGAGAAUGGUAUUCCCUUUCCGGAAUCCUGUAUGAAGAUCGACACGAUCUGAAGGCGUAUGGCACCAUGGGCGUUAAACUCUCGAGUCCCCUAUACUACUCUAUCAGAACAGGGCUGACUAGGGUAAGUGAAAUCCUGGUGCAGAAGAAAGAGUAUGUGAAUUGCGACGGUGAGAAGGAGGGCACCCCCCUUCAAUUAGCCGCCAUCAUCGGAAACGGACAAAUGGUACGAAUGCUUCUCGACCACGGGGCAGAUAUCAAUUUAGACAACCUAGAUAAGGGAACUCCCCUGGAAUUAGCGAUCCUCAAUGGCCACAUCGAGACGGUUCGAUUGCUUGUCAUGGCUGGUGCAAGGCUGAAGCUCUUGAAGACAGACUAUGGUCCAUCAUGGCCCUUUCAAACUGCUAUUGAUUCGAGGGACGAAGGCAUAUUGGAAGUUAUAGGGACCUCUGCGGAAGUCAAAGAGCUGAGCACCGAAGAUCUCUCCAACCUAGUGAGAGCGGGAUUGACGAAAGGCUUUCCCCUUGUCCCUGUAUCCGGCGACCUGAUGCCAAUCGCUCGUUGGCUCUUAUCAAUUGGCGCCGAUCCCGACGACCCGCACUGGUAUUCUUAUAAUUUUGAGCCAGGUUGGUAUUCAGAUGACCUCCUGAUCUGUCUCUUGCAAGCUGGGGCGUGGCCGAAUAACAGCAACACAAAGGGGGAAACUAUGCUCCAUUUAGCACUCUCGGAGAACAAAGAGCGACUCCUGAAUGCACUCCUGCAACAAGAGGUCGAUGCAAGAUUCGUCGAUAAUUAUGGGCAAACAUGCGUCGACUAUGCAGGAAAGUGUCCAGAGAUCUUGUCGAGCUUGAGACUACCACAAACCCCUACUUAUCUGCUUCCGCCGCAAUUCGCUCGGAUACGACGAUUGCAUACGCUCAGAAAAUUGCUAAAGUGGGCCUCCUCUGGGUCUCUAAGACGGGCACUUCCCUAUUAUCCAUAUAUCGCUUAUUGUUGCAAAUAUGAUGGACAAUUGGACGAAGCUCGGGUUGCCUGGCAACUGAGGUUCUCACCGCAGUAUCGACGUCGUAGAAGAAACACAGUUUAUUGCGAUGCUUGUGGAAGUCUCGCUGGACCCACAAAUUGCGUGUAUACAUGUCUUACAUGCCAAGAUUGCUGGCUCUGCACUCACUGCAUGCAGGUGUACAAGCAUGAAGGCCUAUGCAUCUUAUCAAGGCGUUUAUGUCGAGAACAUACAUUUAUGGACAUAACUCCUCGGAACGGUCAAUCCUUUGAUGACAGCUACUUUCCCGAAGACGAAGCCACCCGGUGGCUGAAGAACAUGUUGGAAACCACCAGCAAGGACCUAGAUGAGCUCCUACCCGCAUAUUACGACUUCUUGAAAGAAUUACGCCGCCAGGGGGUGGAUGAAAUGAAAUACCCUUACCACCGAUACAUCUUCUUUGCAGACGACAAGACUCUCACUUCUGGAGCUGAAGUUGCGUCUGGUAGCCCACAGGCCGGCAAACUGGGUGAAGCAGCUCAAGCUGGCUGA